AUGACAGAGAUUACAGAGUUGGACUCUACUUGUGAUAGAUUGACUUUAUCCAAGACACUUCCUGCACAUCCAGAAGUGCAGCCAUCAAUAGCAACGGGAAGCACCGUCCAACAGCGACCAGUACGUAGCCGAUAUAAACCUACUGCUCCUCCCAAAUGGAAUAGUUAUGCUGCUAUUCUACGGCAUGCUACUACAGGUGGAAUACGCUCGUUUCUUAUUGCAUUUGCUCUGCGUGGUGGAGUGACAUUUGCCAUCAGACUAUUCCGAGUAUUUCGUAGAAAGCAAGUCUUGGAUACGUUCAUGGCAGCAAUCAAGAGCUUUUUCAGUAUUGAAAGUCGCCGAUUCGCUAGAAUGGUUGGCACAUUCUCAUUCAUUUGGAAGCUGAUCAACAACUCUCUCAUGCGGUAUAGAUCUCUAAAUGCAUCCACAACUACGCCAGAACUGCCAUCUACUGCUCAUAGAUUUUCAAAAAUUAACGGCGCGAUUGCUGGUGCUGUUGCUGGACUAGCCAUCUUAUUUGAAACCGAAGACAACCGGAUUGCAUUCUCUCAACAGUUUUUUAUGCGAUCAAUGCAAGCAGGAUACAAUGCUCUUGAAUCAAGAGAUUUGUUUGCAUUUCCGUAUGGGGAUACUAUUUUAUUUUCAAUCGCCUGUGGAUCCAUUAUGUAUGCAUUUGUCAUGCAUCCCACCUCCAUUCCCAGAUCAUCUCGAGUGCCAUUGAAAACCCUCGAGUUUAAUCGUGAAAAUGUAAAGAAUUGGGAGUCCAGCACAGACCUUAUCAUUCCCAAGCCCGUCGUAUCAUCCAUUCUUGCCAAACUUAAAACAGAUCCAUCGGUUGAAUCGUUUAUGAUGUCUUAUCUUGAUAGCCAUAAUGGUAUAAUGCCGAUAUGUCCCUGUAAGAUAUUUCAUCCAAGUGAUCUAUCAUGCACAAGAUACUGCUUGUUGUUGUGGAUCAAAGUUUUUUGGGGGAUUCUGCCUGUUUAUGGAUCAUUGAAUGGUGUUCCACUUCUUCUUUUCAAUACCAAAUCAUUUUUAAAAACUCCCGGAUACCACGUACUUCGAGUGUUGAAAUCAUCGCUAAGAUCGUCGGUAUUUCUUGCAACAUAUGUCAACGCUUUCCAAUCCUUGGUUUGCUUUUCACGCAACCUCUCUCCAAACAAUCCAGAUCUGCGAUACACGUAUUAUAUCAUGGGCACUUUAGCAGGACUUGCAAUCCUAAUUGAACACCCAUCACGACGAACGGAACUGGCAAUGUACACUCUUCCUAAAGGUGUGCAAAGUCUAUAUAUCCUGCUGCUCAAUCGUGGUCGCAUGGUAGCGUUGAAGGGGUUAGACGUAGUGGGAAGUUGUUGUGCUAUGAGUGUGUUGAUGAGUGUGUAUCAGGUUGAGCCACAUCAGAUGAGUUCAAUGAUGCAUCGACUGAUGCGUGGAUUAUUGGGUGAUUACUGA